CAAAAAGCUGCUAACGUUCCUCUCGGAGAGAGUCUGUUUUCUGAUUUCACUGCUGCUCCAGAGACGGAAAAAGAGGUCCGAAAUAUGCUCACAGGAAGCGGGAUACCGGAGUGUUUGUGUUGACUCAGAAGAAGUUUUAACCGCGCUUUCACUGACCCAGACUGCACUCAUUUAAAACAAAACAAAACAGAAAAGAGACCAAGAAGAGCAACACAGGUGGAAGACAGCACGUUGAAACCAAAUCACACCGAGACAAACAUCCAGACCUUGCGUUCUCACCUGAUCAGGAGCAGACAGGUGAACAUGUCUGUGGAGACGUACUCUGCGCUGGAUGAAUCCUCCCUCCGAGCACUCCUGGAUGGGACCGUCGAUCUGGACGAGAGACGCCUUAUCCGUUCAGCCAUCCGGGAUUUAAGGAGGAGGGAGAUCGAGGACAUGGAGGCCGCUCUGGCCAGCAAGAGGUUUCGACCAACGCGCCUGAAGCAGCAGGAGGACAAGGAGAACCACCACAGGUCAGACACCAGCGACAACUUGGACGUGCUGUCACGCAAACUGCAGUCAAUUCAGGACAUUGAUGAGCUCACUAAAAUGCUCCGUGCUGCCAGCGAAUUCGAAGAGAGGAAGAUGAUCCGAGCAGCCAUCAGACAAAUCCGAGACGAACAGCAGCAAGGACCAGUGGAGUGUGGUAAAGCUUCUGGUCGCUACCUGGAGUCUGAGAGUGUGGAGCCCCAAAGCACCAUGGGAACUGGGGAGACAGAGCGUGAGAGCCACAGCGAGCGAGAGCGUGUCAGACCUCAGAUCCUGGAGUUACGCGGUCAGCAGACACAACAAAGCAGAGAGCUGCAGAGAAAAGGCUCAAACUCAGGUAUGGUGCUGGUUCUGGAUCACCUGGUGAAGGAUGAUGGCUCUGGACCUCUGCUGAUCCAGCCUCAGAGAGAGACAAUGACCACAGAGCCGGACCUGGUUCUGUCACAUCGUCAAAGAUCUGACUCCUCAGCUUCUGACCGCAGCGGGACCUCGGUUCUCUCCAGGUCUAACCUGGAUCCCGCAGUCUCGGAGAAGAGCCCGGGCUCGCCCUUCAGAGCCCGGCUUGACUCUGGAGCCUCAGACCGGAGCCAGAGUCCCUUCCAACGUGGUCGACUGGAUUCUGGAGCGUCAGAGCGAAGCAUUGGCUCUCUGUCCCACAUCAGACAGAGACUGGGCUCAGAUGUCUCUGAUUCUGGUGUCAGAUCCCGUAGGGGCUCUGGAGGUUCAGACAUCACCGGUCCAUUACUGAGGAAACGGACGGACUCAGGGACAUCUGAGCACAGCGUGAGCAUGUCGUCUGAGGAGAGGGGUCCGGCCGAGGAGGUGGAAGUAGCCAGCACAGAUUCAGAGACAGAGAGCCGAGGAAAAGGCCCAGGCAGCAUUAAAGUGCAGUUAAACCAGGAUCAGGACCGCAGUAUGGACCAGGAUCAGCCUGAUGGAGCGGUCUUAUCUCGCAGGGAUCCAGUGAACGGCAUACUUAACGGCAGCACCAAGGGAAAAAUCGACUUCCAGAAACCAAAGACUAUCAGUGAUCUGACACCCACUCAUGGAAAAACAAAGGAUUCUGCUCCAGAGAAGAAAGAUGUGACAGUGGAACAGUUCAACCGCACCAACUCAGUCCGUGAUCGAAUGCGAAAGUUCACAGAGCCGAGCCAGAGCCCAAACAUCCCUGCUCUGAAGAAGACUCCUCUGAGAAAUGGGACGACCCCCAGCAGCACAAAUCUAUCCAGAGCUGCAGGGCUGUUUACACACACACCAGCAUCCCUCAGCACAUCUGGAGCCGCGCCAGCGAGGCCGCAUGCGGACUCUCACACCUCUGCUGAAUCUCAGAGUCAGACCACGCCUCAGCCCAGAGGCACUCCUAACAAACCCCUGUCCGCUGCCGGCCAAUGGCAGAACUCGGUGGGCGGGACGAGGCAUCCAGCUGAAAAAGAUGUGCAUGCCUCCAGCAAGUCUAAGCAAGACAAGACCCCAGGGAGAGCAGCUGGACAGCAGGUCACCCAGGGAGAGGCAGACCCGGACAUGAAGACUUUCCUCACCAUUGAGAUCAAGGAUGGCCGCACCACGUCCUCUUCUACGGCAUCCCCCAGAGGCAACAUCGUCCCCAUCACCACCAUGACCCCUCGCAUCAACACCAAUGCUAUGGGACAGAGACAAGAGUUGACACUUGGCCUCAGAGCAACACCUUUCAAGAUCUCCUCAUCCAGCAUCUCCUCCGGAUCCUCCAUCAAGAUGGAGACUGAGCCGGUCGUGGCCUCUGUGCCCGUGUUUUCAGCUGGACCAUCGGUCACGGUUUCAUGUCACACCCCCGCCAUGCCCAAUGGCUCCAGCAGCAUUGAGGCCAAACCUGACGAACACUCUGGAAAGCUAACAGCUGAACAGCUGGCUGCCAUCGAGGAUGAAGAGCUCCUUGAUAAAAUGCUUGAUGACUCAAAAGACUUUGAGGAAAGAAAGAUGAUCCGUGCAGCCAUGAGGGAUCUUCGCAAGAAAAAGAGAGAGGCCAUGCUGGGAUGUACUCAAGAGGAAAUAGACCAGAGAGAAAAAGAGCGCGAGACCCGUCUGCAGGAGCUCAGGAACCAACGAGACGCACAGAAGAAUCGUGCUGGUGUCGGAGCAGGCGAGAUGGUGAUGAGGAAGGUGGAGAAGUCGGCAGACGGCUCCAGCCUCAGCCAAGUCACUAAAACAGACCGCUUCGCCCAGUCUGAUGAUGGGACCAUAUCAACACGCAGCACUAUGGUUGAGGCCAGUUAUGUGCAGAAAACAGACAGGGGGACGGUGCAGGCAAAGUCAUACAGCUACUCGUCCACGUCUUCCUCAUCUUCUAACACAACCAAAAAAGUGGGCAGUGUCUUUGAUCGGGAAGAUGAGACGUCAUCUCGCAGUGGUAGCAGUGGGUUAGCCGCUGUGGAGCGAAAGCAGGCGGAGAGACGUAAGGAGCUGAUGAGGGCUCAGACUCUACCCAAAACAUCCGCCAUGCAGGCCCGUAAAGCCAUGAUAGAAAAGCUGGAGAAAGAGGGAGGCGGCCCUGGAAAUCAGGCUGUCGCCAAGGUAAACAAGGUGCAGCGCUCCACCAGCUUUGGUGUACCCAAUGCAAACUCCAUAAAGCAGAUGCUGCUUGACUGGUGCCGCGCCAAGACACGCUCGUAUGAGCAUGUGGACAUCCAGAACUUCUCCUCCAGCUGGAGCGAUGGCAUGGCUUUUUGUGCCCUGGUGCACAAUUUCUUCCCUGAAGCCUUCGACUACGACAGCCUGAGCCCGAGCAACCGCAGACAAAACUUUGAGGUGGCCUUCAGCGCUGCAGAGACCCACGCCAACUGCAUGCCUCUGCUGGAGGUGGAGGACAUGAUGAUCAUGGGGAAAAAACCAGACUCCAAGUGUGUCUUCACCUACGUUCAGUCUCUGGUCAACCACCUGCGCAGGUACGAGAUGUCCAUGGGUCGACAGUGUGACCUUUGAACUGUGUACAGCAAGUGUUAGCCCCUCCUCUCCCCUCUCAUCUUCUCCUGACGACGUCCUGUGCUCUGAGGCUUUCUGACAGAGUUGCACAUCUCUGACGGACCAGUUUGGGACGCUGUGUGUUUUUGUUUAUUAUCUUUGUUGGCAGUGGUGAUGUGUUUUCAUGGUUUCAGUCCUUUUGUUCGCACCGACCACCUUUCUCUAGCGACAGAGCGCCAAAGUUUUUAAAAGACUUCCUUUAAAGCUUUAAGAUUUGACACCUUUUUUAUGAAGCUCCGCUUUAUUCCAGGUGGUAUCUAACACGCAUCAUCACAACGCUAGUGUGUGGAGACACAGCAGGAGAGAAAAAUGAUCUUAAUUCUUCUUUUAAAUUAUUUAAUCCUUAUUUUCUCUGCUACACUUUUGUAAAACAGGCUAUCAGCAGGCAUUAACUCCGCUAAGAAAGAAAAAUUUGAUGCAUCAUCUGGUCAUUUUGGUACUGCUUCUUUCUUUUAUACCAAACAUGGUUAAUUUAAGUGUUAGAACUAACUUAUUAUCUCAUCAUGAUAUAAUCAGACUUAUUUAGUAUUUAAUACAUGAGCACAGGGAUUUCUCUUAUUCUGUUGUUUAAAUAAUGGCUAUUUUUGCAGUCAUAUGCUGAGUUAUCUCACUUUUCUGAACCUCACAGUGCUACUGAGAAAAUUUUUAAGCAUUUAACCCUCCUGUUUUACUGUAUUUUUGGAGAAAGUGCUCAAAGUCCAUGUUUUUUAUUCAGGUGUAAAGGAAGCAAUGAGUGUGUUUACAUGGAGUAGAGUAUCUUGGAUUUAUAAAAACUGCAUGAACAAUGAUUCUCUGUGUACAUCCCAUGUGCAUGUUAUGCCCUGUAUAUGAUCCAAACUGGGAUAAAACUCAUAACGGAUACUCAGAUCCAUGUAAAAGCACUCAAUGAUGGUUGCAGUCAGUCAUACAGCUGAACUGCAUUUCUUUUUGUUUCUGACUAUUUAAAGGACAUUACAUGCCCUGCCGAACACAUUCACACACAGUUCUAUUAGAGAGCUCCCUAUUUAUGCCUGAGUAUUUUUUUUAAAUAUAAGAUUUUGUAUUUUGUUAGUGUAUAUGAUGCUUCUAAAAGUUCAGUUUAAAGUGAGCUCAAAGUUUUGUGAAACAGAGAGAAAUAAUGACAAAAUUGUAUAUUUUAGUUCAUGAAGCUAAGGAGAAUUUUUAAAUGAAGAUUUUUAUUCUGCUUGUAAAGUUAAGGUUCCUUUGAAAAGAUGUUUAAAAUCUGAUCAUUCAGAGACGAUUCCUUUCUUAAAGUUAGUCGAAUUAGAGAGAUUAUUUGAGAUUUAUUCCACCGCUGCCAACUGAGAAUCUUCCACGAAGCAGUGAGUGCUGUAUAUAAGAGCUUAGACACGUUCUGACUUCAUGUUUCUGUGCACCACAGUUCAUGUGAAUGGAAAUUAAAACCUAUUUGAGAAAUGAA